AUUGAGUAUACAGAUCAUUAUUUUGUGACCAUCCAAACCGACCCAGAACGUCUGAAGAAGGGAAUAUUCAGCAUGGAUUGUGUAGAUGGAGAUCCAUAUGUUAUAGAACUACAGAACAGUCACAAUGGAUACCAUCAGGAGAUCCGCGACUAUAUCACAACUGGAGUUACGAGGGUCAAUUUACAAUCGCUCUCGUCUAAACGGGUGGUGGAUAGCUUCAGUGGCAACAUGACCCUGUUGAGACCUGGAUGUAAUACAUGGGCUGUCACUGACGACUGCUGUCCAUACUUUUCUCACGACAUCGACCUGGAACUCCACAGGUAUGAUGGGUGUAAGGUGACUCUCGCCUCCCUCUGCAUGGAGAUGCUAAAGAAGUGGGUGGAAUGUUUCCAGGCAGCAAUGGAAGAAAGCUGUGUUCUCAAGAUCUACAUGUGGCUGGGAGAGGCAACUGAAGUGUGCGAUAAGGACCUACCUGAAAGUCUCCGGUUUGACUUCAUCGAUACAUCCAAUGUGGCAGAUAAAAUCGGUCUGGUCUCUGUGCUGAGUUGUUCUCGCGACAGACUGAAACAGCCUAACGGAGUGCUGAGGACAGAGAGUUUUGACUACACAAGAUUAGAAGGCGUCGUUUCAGUGGAAAGGUAUCUUUCUGGCUGCAUUGAUGUGCCAGUGUUGAUGUAUCCGACAGUGUUUGGUUUACACCUAGCUGAAGAACUCUCUCUUGGACAUGAGAGUGUCCCGCCAACUCAGUUUCCCCUACGUACAAAGUUGACCUUGAAAUGGAAAACAGCUCGGGAGCAGAAAAAUCUAACAGCUAUUACACUUGAUGAAAAAGCAUCAGACGCAGUAUCUGCAGCACUUGAAAAGGUGAAAACAUGUCCUGGUUUAGACGGUCAAGGCCCCUUAGGACAUGUCAUAAAGGCGUGCGUCAAAGGUGCAACGGAAAAUAUUCUGCAAAGGGUUCAGAAUUUUGCUAAAGCCCCGACGAAGAGCAAUACCCUGAUUGAGUACACAGAUCAUUACCUUGUGAUCAUCCAAACCGACCCAGAAUGUCUGAAGAAGGGGAUAUUCAGCAUGGAUUGUGUAGAUGGAGAUCCAUAUGUUAUAGAACUACAGAACAGCCACAAUGGAUACCAUCAGGAGAUCCGCGACUAUAUCACAACCGGAGUUACGAGGGUCAAUUUACAAUCGCUCUCGUCUAAACGGGUGGUGGAUAGCUUCAGUGGCAACAUGACCAUGUUGAAACCAGGAUGGAAUAUAUGGGUUGUCCCUGACGACUGCUGUCCAUACCUAUCUCAUGACAUCGACCUGGAACUCCACAGGUACGAUGGGUGUAAGGUGACUCUCGCCUCCCUCUGCAUGGAGAUGCUAAAGAAGUGGGUGGAAUGUUUCCAGGCAGCAAUGGAAGAUAGCUGUAUUCUCAAGAUCUACAUGUGGCUGGGAGAGGCAACCGAAGUGUGCGAGAAGGACCUGCCAGAAAGUCUCCGAUUUGAUUUCAUCGAUACAUCCAAUUUGGCAGAUAAAAUCGGUCUGGUCUCUGUGCUGAGUUGUUCUCGCGACAGACUGAAACAGCCUAACGGAGUGCUGAGGACAGAGAGUUUUGACUACACAAGAUUAAAAGGCGUCGUUUCAGUGGAAAGGUAUCUUUCUGGCUGCAUUGAUGUGCCAGUGUUGAUGUAUCCGACAGUGUUUGGUUUACACCUAGCUGAAGAACUCUCUCUUGGACAUGAGAGUCUCCCGCCUACUCAGUUUCCCCUACGUACAAAGUUGACCUUGAAAUGGAAAACAGCUCGGGAACAGAAAAAUCUAACAGCUAUUACACUUGAUGAAAAAGCAUCAGACGCAGUAUCUGCAGCACUUGAAAAGGUGAAAACAUGUCCUGGUUUAGACGGUCAAGGUCACUUAGGACAUAUCAUAAAGGCGUGUGUCAAAAGUGCAACGGAAAAUAUUCUGCAAAGGGUUCAGAAUUUUGCUAAAGCCACGACGAAAAGCAAUACCCUGGUUGAGUACAAAGAUCAUUACCUUGUGACCAUCCAAACCGACCCAGAAUGUUUGAAGAAGGGGAUAUUCAGCAUGGAUUGUGUAGAUGGAGAUCCAUAUGUUAUAGUUCUACAGAACAGCCACAAUGGCCAAUCAAGCUUUAGAGAAACGCUAAGUCUUUCAUGUGGCAUCGCUUUGAAGACAAGCAAAGUUAAAGUGUCAAGGAAGAGGGGGAGAAUUGAAGCUCAUCUUGUCAAGGAUGCUGACGUGACUCUCGGUGAACGAGUUUUGCCCUGGAACAAGCUCACCACAAGCUCUGUUGCUGAUCUCCGGAACUUUCCUCUCUCGGAAAGCGGUAAAGAAACAAUAGAGACGUACGUUGGAAGCAUGUGCCUCUCGUCUCCAGCGAGUCUGUCACACCACAUGUCGCCGAAAGAACAGCUUAGAUUUCUUAUGGCGUUCAUCUUGAUAAAGGCCCCGUUUUCAUUCGGGCUUCCAACACUCAUCACGAUUAGAGCUCAAAGUGUCACAAUUCAUGACAAGAGAGCAAACAACAUGCUUCGUUUGGAAGAUCUGAAGAUCCACGAGAACAAACCUACCCUAUUUUUGACGUUUUUCGAUUUUGACAAAGCUGCUAGUCUGGUUAGCCAAAAGAAAAUCACGAAUGAAGAAAUCUUACCAUGGAAACAAACGAAGAAGACAUGUGUGGAACUGGACCCCUCAUCUUCUCCAAAUCUUAGCAAGGGAUAUGCUUUAUUGGUGAAGCUUCUAGAAGUCAACUCCAUCCGAAUGAUUCAAGAUCAGCCUGAGGACAGAAGAUGGAUGACAAGAACCAUUCUGAGAGGGAGAUAUCCUUACAAGGAACUACAUGCUUUGAAGUAGGAGGAAGACCUGGCUGAAAUGUUUAUUUAAGGUGUUCCAGAAAAAAGGUACAUGAGGACAUUGGCGCGGAAUCUGGUUCUUUACCCGCCAAGCCCUGGUGCAGUUUGUGACAGUUGUGGUAGAUCUCAGAAGACUGUAAGGUGUUCGGGGUGCAGUCGGGUGUUCUACUGAGGCAGAAAAUAAAAUAGGAAAGCCUGGACAGUCCACGGGAACGUCUGUAAAUCUGCCUCAACACAUGCGUCGGCGUAUUCCAUCUUGAGUUUCACCUGAAAGCAAUAGUGAUACUGUGUGUAAGGUUAGAAUGUAGAUGUGCUACCGUCGUCUGAAAGGGGCUAAAUGCAGACCUACAGAUGUCAUUCAUCUUGGCAUAGUUUUGGGAAAGUUCAGAUAAUAGUUUAAGUAAGGACCUACAACACAUUUACCAUUGACAUAGUCUUGCUAUAAAUCAUUCUUAAAUAGGAUUUAUAUGUUUUCUAAGCAUCAGCAAAUUAUAUUAUCACAUAAAGCUGACAAUCUCCUAUCAAACAAUUUGGCUGGGUUUUUAAAUGUAAAACACGGGCAAUUGAGAAAAAAACCCAACCACCCGGCAAGAUGACUGACAAUCAUGUUACCUCUGUGCAUACUGGUUCAUUUAGCCUCGUCGUCUAUAACUGCUCCUACUCUAUACGUGCAAGUGAUAUCAUUAUUCUAAAAUCAUAUAUAAUUUGUAAUAAUGCAAUAUCAAAAGGAAAAUCUAUGGUGGAAGAUUAGUGGAUUCUAUAAUAAUGUCAUGCUGUAUUCAGCUAUAAUUCAGCAGAAUUUGGUCAGAUAAGCCCAGUAGUUGAUGUUUACGAUGACACACAACUAUCCAAAUACGACAGACUCUGGUCCUGGGGAUGUAGUAUGAAAUCCCAGUAGUUUACAUAUAUUUGUAAUCUAUGUAAUUUAUGUAUUUAUCAUAAUACGCAUUUCCAAUUGAACGCCAAUUAAAUGCAGUUCAGCAAUAGUAAGUGUUCAUAUACGAUUGUAAUACAAGGGUGGUAACUCUCGGAAUGUUUGGCCAGCUAGCCAUGAAGACAUUUUAGAUAUGGGGACGUUGAAAUAAAUAUGUUGAAUUUCGGUCCAACGGCAUAUGUGAUAUUGAUGUACCCUUUGCUGCUAGAGAGGUGUUAGAUCAUCUAGAUGUUAUGAUAAUGUUGGUAUGGGGGCAGGCCAAACAUCCAAAAACAUCAUGGCUGUAAUUUUGUGUAAUAAAAUCUCUUAUA